GAGUUCAUGGUACCUUGUUAUCACUCGGACCCUUUGGGGCCUUCCUCGGUUCCUUCAAUCCCUGAGGAAAUAGGGUACGAACACGGAACCUUACGGAUAUCACAAAAGACCUCGACAACCGCAAUAAUCAAUAUGUAGCUCCCCACUUCCAAUGUUGACUUUGACUUUUCAGAUCAGUAAUGUGCUCUUUUUCCUCGCGAGCUUGGUCCUAAAUAUUGUACAUACCCACUCAUUGGAAUCUAGAGUACUCCUUAUUCUCGAUGACUACCUUUUCUAUCCUAGUCGUCUUUCCACUACACUUGUGUUGUUGCCAACGUUGCACUCGGUCUUUGGACGAUUUUGUUUGUACGCGUUGUAUUAGCUUUUCUACUCAGUGCAG